AUGAUUAUAUCCUUGAAUGUAGGGCUGUUCAAAAUUUUCGUCUGUUCUACCAAUGCACAACUUUCUACCAAUUUCUAUGGCAAAACUUGUCCUAACCUUCAAACCAUUGUGCGCAAUGCAAUGAGGCAAGCUCUCAAUAAAGAAGCCCGUAUGGGGGCCUCUAUACUUCGCUUGUUCUUCCAUGACUGCUUCGUAAAUGGCUGUGAUGGGUCAGUGUUGUUGGAUGACAGUGCCACCUUUGUAGGUGAGAAAAAUGCAGCACCUAACCAAAAUUCAGCAAGGGGUUUCGAAGUGAUUGAUACCAUUAAAACCAAUGUCGAAGCUGCUUGCAAAGAUACAGUGUCUUGUGCAGAUAUACUAGCACUCGCAGCAAGAGAUGGAAUAGCUCUGCUUGGAGGACCCUCAUAUGCAGUACCUCUUGGCAGAAGAGAUGCAAGAACUGCAAGCCAAACUGCAGCCAACAACCAAAUCCCUUCACCAUUCUCAGACCUUUCCACCCUCACCUCCAUGUUCGCCGCCAAAGGUUUAAGUGCACGUGACGUCACAGUGCUCUCUGGUGCCCACACCAUAGGUCAAACAGAGUGCCAGUUUUUCAGAACUCGCAUAUACAAUGAGACCAACAUUGACACCAACUUUGCCACCUCAAGAAAGGGCAAUUGCCCCCCCUCUGGUGGGGACACCAAUUUGGCACCUCUUGAUUCACUCACUCCAACUCGUUUUGACAACAAUUACUACAGAGACCUUGUGGCUAAACGUGGCCUUCUUCACUCAGACCAAGUUCUUUUCAAUGGUGGGUCUCAAGAUACUUUGGUUAGGACUUAUAGUACCAAUAGUGUUGCUUUCUUCAGAGACUUUGCUGCUUCUAUGGUGAAGUUGAGUAGUAUUAGUCCUCUCACUGGGACUAAUGGUGAAAUCAGAAAGAAUUGCAGGGUUGUGAACUAA